CCGACGAACUUUCAUCAGUUUAAGUUGUGUAACUUCAUCAUGAAGGCAGCAAUUUGCAUUUUGCUUUUCGCCCUCGUGGGAUACAUUCAGGCAAGGAUCACUUACGAUGACGUACUUGACGCGGAAUUUGAACUCUUCAAAGUGGAGCAUAAGAGAAGCUACGAUAACGAAUACGAAGAACAACUGCGUCUGCAGAUCUUUAAGGACAAUAAGAAUCUAAUCGACAGACACAACAAGCGCUAUGCAGCAGGAGAGAAAACUUACAAGAUGGGUGUAAAUAAAUUCACUGAUUUGACUCCCGAGGAAUUCAAAAUCUCUUUGCUCUCAAGCCUUAACUCAAAUCAUUCACUAGAAGGUAUCGACUAUAUUUACAAUCCUUCUGCCAAGGAUAGCGUUCCAAAAAGCAUUGAUUGGCGUACUUCGGGCGCUGUAAACCCAAUUAAAGAUCAAAAUCCCUGUGGCUCCUGUUGGGCCUUCUCUGCUGUUGGCUCACUGGAAAGCCAGUAUUUUAUAAACGAAGGUCGGAAAAUAUCCCUGUCCGAGCAAAAUUUGGUAGACUGCUCAAGAGGUUAUCCCUAUUACAACCGAGGCUGCUCAGGCGGCUGGCCGAUUGAAGCAUUCCAAUAUAUUAGGUACUAUGGUAUAGAUACUGAAAGCUCUUACCCGUAUGAAGCUAGAGACGACUAUUGCCGUUACAAUAGGAACUACAUUGGAGCAAAAAUCUCUGGGAUUGUGCAAAUUGAAAGUGGAAAUGAAGACGCAUUGGCAUCCGCCGUCGCCAAUAAAGGACCCAUAUCAGUGUGUUUCACCGCCGAUUCCAACUUCCAACAUUACAGAAGUGGCGUCUUCAAUGAUCCGUCGUGCUCUCAACCUAUGAACCAUUGUGUGGUUGUCAUUGGCUAUGGCACAGAUCCAGUUGGAGAAGAUUAUUGGCUGGUGAGGAACUCUUGGGGUGAGAAUUGGGGUGAAAAUGGAUACAUUCGAAUGGCUCGUAAUCGCAACAAUCAAUGUUCUAUUGCCAGUUUUGCAACUUAUCCUUUAAUUUAG